AGGAGGGCUUUCGAGCUGCUGCUCUGCUGCUGAACAGCAUGCAGUCUUUUCGGGAGCAAAGUAGUUACCACGGGACCCAGCAGAGCUACCCGCAGGACGUGCACGGCUCAUCCCAACUGGAGGAGUUCAGCCCCCGCCAGCAGGCCCAGAUGUUCCAGAGCUUUGGAGGAGGUGCUGGCAGUGGACGUCGUGGAGCAGCAGGAGCCUCUACAGCGAUGCCUGGUGAGAGCUCUGGCCAUCAGAGCUACCAAGGUUUCAGGAAGGAAGCAGGAGAGUUUUACUACAUGGCUGCCAACAAAGAUCCCGUGUCGUCAGGAGGGCAGCAGCCGCCUCAGCGCAGGCCUUCUGGACCGGUGCAGAGCUAUGGGCCACCUCAAGGGAGCAGCUUUGGGAGCCAGUAUGGGAGCGAGGGACACGUGGGCCAGUUUCAAACGCAGCAUUCGACCCUUGGGGGUGUAUCCCACUAUCAACAGGAUUAUACUGGUCCUUUUUCUCCAGGGAGUGCCCAGUAUCAGCAGCAGGCUUCUAGCCAGCAGCAGCAGGUGCAGCAGCUGAGACAGCAGAUCUAUCAGUCUCACCAGCCCUUACCCCAGGCUUCCAGCCAGUCUGCUUCCAGCACCUCCCACCUGCAGCCAAUGCAGCGCCCAUCCACCCUGCCUUCCUCUGCCUCUGGGUACCAGUUACGAGUGGGUCAGUUCAGCCAACACUAUCAGCCACCUUCGUCCUCUUCCUCCUCCUCUUUCCCCUCCCCGCAGCGCUUUGGCCAGUCGGGGCAGAACUACGACGGGAGCUACAGCGUGAACUCCGGCUCGCAGUACGAGGGCCACACCGUGGGCUCCAACGCCCAGGCCUACGGCACCCAGUCCAACUACAGCUUCCAGACCCAGCCCAUGAAGAGCUUCGAGCAGUCCAAGCUGCCCCAGAGCGGGCAGCAGGGGCAGCAGCAGCAGCACCCCCCUCAGCACGUCAUGCAGUACUCCAACGCUGCCACCAAGCUCUCUCUGCAAAGCCAAGUGGGGCAGUACAGCCAGACUGAGGUUCCCGUCAGGUCACCCAUGCAGUUCCACCAGAACUUCAGUCCAAUCUCUAAUCCGUCCCCUGCUGCAUCUGUGGUUCAGUCUCCGAGCUGCAGCUCUACCCCUUCCCCACUCAUGCCAGGUGGAGAAAAUCUGCAGUGUGGGCAAGGCAACAUGUCCAUGGGUUCUAGAAACCGAAUCCUGCAGAUGAUGCCCCAGCUUAGUCCUACGCCGUCUAUGAUGCCGAGCCCAAAUGCUCACGCAGGAGGAUUCAAGGGGUUUGGGCUGGAAGGACUGCAGGAAAAAAGGCUGACAGACCCAGGGCUGAGCAGCCUGAGUGCUCUGAGUUCUCAAGUGGCCAACCUGCCCAACACAGUCCAGCAUAUGUUGCUCUCGGAUGCUUUGGCACCUCAGAAAAAAAGUUCCAAAAGAUCAUCCUCUUCGAAGAAGGCCGACAGCUGCACCAACUCGGAAGGCUCCUCCCAGGCAGAGGAGCAACUCAAGUCUCCCUUGGCAGAGUCCCUUGAUGGUGGCUGGUGCCGCAUGAGACAGCUGAGUGGCCAGAGCACCAGCUCGGACACCACUUACAAAGGGGGUAACCUAGAGAGAUCCAACUCCUCACCAGCACAAGGCUCGCAGAAUGAGCCGUCAAAGCUCAGCAGCAGCCCUGCAGCUAGGGAAGAGGUGGCUUCCCCUGAUGGGAAGGAAGCUGUGGUGGCUGUGGAAAAUGCCCCGAAAGUGAAUGAAAAGGCAGUUGGGGUGAUUGUCUCCCGUGAAGCCAUGGCAGGAAGGGUAGAAAAGUCAGGUGGACAGGAUAAACCCACCCAGGAUGAUGCUUCCACAGCCACCCCGGCACCAGCGAGCGCUGGCGGGGCUAAAGAAGCUGGGCAUGCAGGGACACAGCCAGAGACUCCAGGGGCAAGUAAAGGCAGCAAAAGUGGAGAUAACACUAACCAUAAUGGAGAGGGGAACAGCCAGCCCAGUCAUCCAGUCGUUGGGCCAAAUUUUCCUGCAAGAACAGAACCUUCCAAAUCUCCUGGCAGUUUAAGGUAUAGUUACAAGGAUAAUAUAGCAGCUGGUAUCCAGAGGAACAUCGGUGGCUUUCCACAGUAUCCUUCUGGUCAAGAAAAAGGGGAUUUUCCAGGGCACAGUGAGCGCAAAGGCCGGAAUGAGAAGUUUCCCAGCCUCCUCCAGGAGGUCUUGCAGGGUUACCACCAUCAUCCAGACAGAAGGUACUCUAGGAAUGCACAGGAGCAUUCUGGGAUGGCUGGGAGUUUGGAGGGAGCCAUGAGGCCAAACAUCUUAAUUAGUCAGGCCAAUGAAUUGACCAAUAGAGGCCUCUUAAAUAAAAGCAUGGGGUCUCUCCUGGAAGGCCCUCACUGGGGUCCCUGGGAUAGGAAGUCCAGCAGUGCCGCUCCUGACAUGAAACAGAUCAGUCUAGCUGACUACCCUCUUGCUAGAAAGUUCGAUGUGGAGUCUCAGUCCUCUGCCCAUGAAGGGGGAGCGCUCUCAGAGAGGAGAUCAGUGAUAUGUGACAUCUCCCCGUUAAGGCAGCUUGUCAGAGAUCCUGUCCCUCACCCGAUGGGGCACAUGGGUCCUGAGGCCAGGAGCGGAAGGAGCGAGCGUCUUGCCCCAGGCUUGAACCAGUCAGUGAUACUCCCAGGUGGUUUACUAUCCAUGGAAGCAAAGAUGAAAUCUCACAGUGGGCAAAUAAAGGAAGAAGAUUUUGAACAGUCAAAGAGCUCAGCUAGCCUCAAUAACAGAAAAACAGGAGAUCAUUGUCAUCCUGCCGGCCUCAAGCACGAAUCUUUCCGAGGCAGCGCCAACCCUGGAGCCGCGGUCUCCGAUGCUGCUCCAGACUACAGUCCCCAGCAGGAGAGCAGAUCCACGCAGAUGAGACGAGGACCUGGCAGAACUGGAAGCAGCAGGGGUAAAUCACCUUCUCAAUUUCAGGAUCUUGCUGAUAAGCUGAAAAUGUCACCGGGCAGAAGCAGAGGCCCAGGGAUGGAUUUGCAUCACAUGAACCCGCACAUGACGCUCUCCGAAAGAGUGAGCAGGGGUUCCUUGCAUUCUGCUUACCCUCAGAAUUCAGAAGGCCCAUCUUUGGCUUCAGCAUAUCACACGAAUGCCAGGCCUCAUGCUUUCGGUGACCCUAACCAGAGUUUAAAUUCCCAGUAUCAUUACAAGAGACAGAUAUACCAGCAACAGCAAGAAGAAUACAAAGAUUGGGCGAGCAGCGCUGCUCAGGGUGUGAUUGCUGCAGCUCAGCACAGGCAGGAAGGUGCAAGGAAGAGCCCCAGACAACAGCAGUUCCUGGAAAGAGUAAGGAGUCCCUUAAAAAACGACAAGGAUGGGAUGAUGUACCUUCAAGGUAGCUCUUACCACGAUGCUGGAAGCCAGGAGUCCGGGCGCUGUGUUAUGGGGAGUGACGGUGCUCAGAGCAAGUGCAGUGAGCUGAAGCAUGGCAACCAGAAGCUGCAGCAUCACGAGUCUGGCUGGGACCUUUCUCGGCAAACUUCUCCUGCCAAAAGCAGUGGCCCUCUUGGAGCAGCCAACCAAAAGAGAUUCUGCCCUCAAGAAAGCGAUGGGCAUCGCCGAGAAGAAUCUGCAGAUUUGCCUAAGCCUAGUAAUGCCAUGCUCAGGCUGCCUGGCCAGGAAGACCAGUCUCCUCAAAAUCCAUUAAUUAUGAGGAGGAGAGUCCGUUCCUUCAUCUCACCUAUCCCUACCAAAAGGCAGCCCCAGGACAUGAAGAACAGCAGCAGUGAAGACAGAGGGCGACUGAUGACUUCAGCGAAAGAAGGAGCUGACAAAACAUACAACUCCUAUGCCCAUUCAUCUCAAAGCCAAGAUGUUGGCAAGUCACUUGCAAAAGGAGAUUCCUUCAAGGACCUGCCGAGUCCCGACAGUCGGAAUUGCCCCGCGGUUUCCCUCACGAGCCCGGCUAAGACCAAAAUACUGCCCCCCAGAAAGGGGCGAGGAUUAAAACUGGAAGCUAUUGUGCAAAAAAUUACCUCUCCCAACAUUAGGAGAAGCGUUUCUACCAACAGCGCUGAAACUGGUGCAGAUACUGUCACUCUUGAUGACAUCCUGUCCCUUAAGAGUGGACCUGAUGGAGGAAAUGUGGCUGGACAUGGAGCAGAGGCUGAGAAGAGAAAAGGAGAGAUGUCAGAUCAAGUAGGGCCCGCCAGCCAGGAUACAGCUGGUGAAAUUACUCUUCCGAGGUCGUCGGAAGAGUGGCAAAGCAAUGAGGAUGAUAAAACCAAGAAAGAGGUCACUGAAAGCACCAGUGUUGGUAAAGAAGGAGCAGGGUCCACGGCGGCACCGCCACCUUCUCAGAAGGCGGGUGGGCAGGGAAGGUCUGACGGGGCCGUGGGCGGAGCUGGAGCUCUGACCUUUCCCGACUCAAAAACAAUUUCCCCUUCCAGUGUGUUUACUUCUGAACCAAAUCCAAAGUCUGAAGAAAAGGAUGGAGACGUGACAAAUAUUUCACCCAAGCCAGAUGGUUUCCCUCCAAAGGGAUAUUUUCCCUCUGGAAAGAAAAAGGGGAGGCCCAUCGGGAGCGUCAACAAGCAGAAGAAGCAGCAGCAGCAACAGCAGCAAGCGCCCCCCGCCCCCCCACCACCCCCCCCGCGGAAGCGGAAGCCCAGACGGGCCGCCCCCAUCGUGGAGCCCCAGGAACCAGAGAUCAAGCUGAAAUACGCCACCCAGCCCGCGGAUAAAUCCGACUCCAAGAACAAGUCCUUCUUCCCUUACAUCCAUGUGGUGAACAAGUGCGAGCUGGGCGCCGUGUGCACAAUCAUUAACGCAGAGGAAGAGGAGCAGAACAAACUGGUGAGGGGUCGGAAGGGGCAGAGGUCUUCGACGCCCCCGCCCAGCAACGCGGAGAGCAAAGCGCUGCCCACCUCCACCUUCAUGCUGCAGGGCCCUGUGGUAACAGAGUCUUCUGUCUUGGGGCACCUGGUUUGCUGCCUGUGUGGCAAGUGGGCCAGCUAUCGUAACAUGGGGGACCUCUUCGGGCCCUUCUACCCCCAGGAUUACGCAGCCACCUUGCCCAAGAACCCACCUCCAAAGAGGGCCACGGAAAUGCAGAGCAAGGUCAAGGUACGGCACAAAAGCGCUUCGAAUGGUUCCAAGACAGACACGGAGGAGGAGGAGGAACAGCAACAGCAGAAGGAGCAGAGAAGCCUCGCUGCUCACCCCCGCUUCAAGAGGCGGCACCGCUCCGAGGACUGUGGUGGAGCCUCUCGGUCACUUUCAAGGGGAGCUUCUUGUAAAAAAGCAACCACUGAUGGUGCCAGUGGUGGUGAAAAGACUCCUUUGGACUCAAAACCCUCUAUGCCCACUUCAGAAGGUGGCACUGAGCUGGAGUUACAAAUUCCUGAACUACCUCUUGACAGCAAUGAAUUUUGGGUCCAUGAGGGUUGUAUUCUCUGGGCCAAUGGGAUCUACCUGGUCUGUGGCAGGCUCUAUGGGCUGCAGGAAGCUGUGGAGAUUGCAAGAGAGAUGAAAUGUUCCCAUUGCCAGGAACCAGGAGCCACCUUAGGCUGCUACAACAAAGGCUGCUCCUUCCGAUACCAUUACCCAUGUGCCAUCGAUGCAGAUUGUUUACUAAACGAAGAGAAUUUCUCAGUGAGGUGCCCCAAGCACAAGAACAAGAUGGUGAAAGGCAGCCUCAGCACAGAGCAGUCGGAGCGGGGGUGAGGGGGGAACUGUACUCCUGGGAAUGGAGAUAAAAGCAAGCACAGGUUAGGCUGUUGAGAUAAAAAGCGGUGGACAUUCGAGGGCCUGGGACCUCUCCUCCUGUGCAGCCAUGCCCCCUCUCGACGUGCCUGCCAAUGCCAGCACUUCCUUCAUCAAUCCUUACAUCACACUCAAGACUGAGGACAUCACAGAAUCUGACCAAGGAGUCUGAACCAGCUGUUUCCAUGGACACAAUCUCCAUAGUGACAGUGGGAAGGGGAGGGGGAAAAAGGAACCAGGUGGGGGGAAUUAAAGAGGGAGGGAUAAAUAUAUAUAUAUAUAAAGAUCUAUUUUUUAGUCUUGAAAGACUUUGUUUUAAAUGAAAGGUGCGCUAUAUCCCUUUUGAUGCUUUUGAUUAAAAUUAACAAAACCCCAUAUAAAUUAAAAAAAGAAACCAACCCUGUAGCUAAAGUAAACCUGAAAUCCAAAAUGAAAGCGAGGCUGAUGGACCCCAACGUUGUGUGGGAAAGAACAGUGGAACUGGGAGCAAGCCAAGUGGGAUUUGUCUCCCCCUUGCUUUCUUUCUCACAACAGCCAAGGGAGUUCAGUUUUAAAAGGAGAAUAAAACCCUCAUCAGUCGUAGGGUGUGGGAGGAAGGCUUG